CUUGCAUUUCUUGUGCUUUUAUGCUAUGUUAAUUGUAUGCGGUAGAAAAAACAACAACCAAACACCCUCUAGACUCUGGACUCUGGAGUUGGUCAUCUUCCCUUGUAAACUAAAUAGAACGACAAGUUUCGGACGGAUCGGCAAUUCGACAUGUAUUAAUAAUAGACAAGGCCCAUUCUCAAAGUAUCCGAAUUCUAAGACCUCAAAACUGAACUCAUCUUCAGCUUUCAGCUUCAGAGUUAGAGAUUGUUUCAGAGAGACAUGAACGAGAACAUGCCGGAGAGCUUUGGCGCAUACAGUAUUGGCAUGGACGAAGCAUAUCGGCCCCUUCCUCCCUUGUACCUGGGUUUCCUAUUAAUCUGGUUCGUUUCGGCAUUCUCGUGGACGCUCAAUACAUGGAAUAGCCGCCAUUUCCAGACAAACAAUCUUCAAUGGACGCUCGCCUCUGUCCCUUUGAUUAAAGUUUUGCAGCUCGCUUUAUCCUUUCUCUUCUGGUAUUCAUGUUUUAAUCUUCAGACUUGCUCACUGUGGAUGUCAUUUGGGGUGUACAUAACUGGAGUGCUCUUCCAGACAGCUUCUUUUGUCUCUUUUUUGCUCAUAUCUCAUGGUUACUGUAUCAUGUCUGAGCGUCUUUCAGUACCUGAACGCCGUACAACAGCUACUCUUGGGUGUAUUUUCUACUUGACUCUUGUUGGUUACAGAGCAUCUGUACCUUACUUCAGAGUCCUCCUGCUGCUCAACUAUUUCAUAUCAUUCUAUGUAAUCUUCUAUCACAUAUCCCAGAAUCUCUUGGUGCUGCGUGAACAAUUGAAUUUUAUAGAGGAUGAGGACAUUCGUGUAAUGCAUGAUGCAGUGCAUGCAAAGUAUACCAUGUUCAAGAAAUUCCAAGGUGCGAUGCAGAUAGUUGCCAUGGCAGAAACUAUGAUAUACAUAAACAUGGAUGACACAUCAGGUAAUUAUUGGCUUCGGGUGUUAGUACGAGAAUGGGCGCAGUUGUGCAUCUUCUUUUACAUUGGGUGGACUUUUAGGUCGCAGGAAUUUUCACCACGUUUCUCUGUUAUGCCUACUCUCAAAUCUAAAGGGGAGAGGAUGGUGCCUCCUAUCUACAGCAUUGAAAUGGAUGCUGAAGCUUUCAAAGAUUUUAGAUCUCAUGAAUGGCACAUUGGGGUGCCAACUUCUUGUCCUCCAGAUAUUGAAAGAUCUGCAGGUUCCUUUGUAGUCAUAGUUCAGCAUCCUCAUGCAUAUCUGGCAGCAUCCAGGGGCCCCACUUCUCCUAGCCAAGCUAUUUUAGAUACUACAGCCACAGAUCUAGAUCGAGAUUCAUGAUUAUAUAGCAAUGAUGGAUACUUCACCUAACAAGAUACAUCUACCUGCAACCAUUCAGUUGCAGAAUGAAUGAUUUUCUUUUCAAUCCUUUAUACAUGUUUUUGCCUGCUGCAGAAAUCUGAUAGCAAGGCCUGCACAGUUAAAAAUUAAAAUCACUGUACCUAUAUGGGCUAGAAUAAAAAGAGCCCACUUUUUUGUCAAUACAUGAAUAUCGACUGUUAAAGCAGAAAUGUAAUGUAUAUUCACCCCCACUCUCUGUGUCAUUCAA